AUGGGGGUGAACGCUGUACACUGGUUCCGGAAGGGGCUCCGGCUCCACGAUAACCCCGCACUCAAGGAGUGCAUCGAGGGCGCCGACACCGUGCGCUGCGUCUACAUCCUGGACCCCUGGUUCGCGGGCUCCUCCAACGUGGGCAUCAACAGGUGGCGAUUUCUGCUUCAAUGUCUCGAAGAUCUCGAUGCCAACCUAAGAAAAUUAAAUUCUCGUUUGUUCGUCAUUCGUGGACAGCCAGCAGAUGUGUUUCCUCGACUUUUCAAGGAAUGGAACAUUGCUAAGCUUUCCAUUGAAUAUGAUUCUGAGCCCUUUGGGAAGGAACGAGAUGCAGCUAUUAAGAAACUGGCCAGUGAGGCAGGAGUGGAAGUCAUUGUACGAAUUUCACAUACUCUGUAUGACCUAGACAAGAUCAUAGAACUGAAUGGUGGACAACCACCUCUGACAUAUAAAAGAUUCCAAACUCUGAUCAGCAAAAUGGAACCAUUAGCGACUCCAGUGGAGACAAUCACACCUGAAGUGAUGCACAAGUGUGUGACUCCUCUCUCAGAUGAACAUGAUGAAAAAUAUGGUGUGCCCUCACUAGAAGAACUAGGCUUUGAUACAGAUGGUUUACCUUCUGCAGUGUGGCCUGGUGGGGAAACAGAAGCCCUCACACGCUUGGAGAGACAUUUAGAAAGAAAAGCUUGGGUAGCAAACUUUGAAAGACCAAGAAUGAAUGCGAAUUCUCUUCUGGCAAGCCCAACAGGACUCAGUCCUUACCUGCGAUUUGGCUGUUUGUCUUGUCGCCUAUUUUACUUCAAGUUGACUGACCUUUACAAGAAGGUAAAAAAGAACAGUUCACCUCCCCUCUCCCUUUAUGGGCAGCUCUUGUGGCGAGAAUUUUUCUACACAGCAGCUACAAACAACCCACGCUUUGAUAAAAUGGAAGGGAACCCCAUCUGUGUUCAGAUUCCCUGGGAUAGGAACCCCGAGGCACUAGCCAAGUGGGCUGAAGGCAGGACAGGCUUCCCCUGGAUUGAUGCCAUCAUGACCCAGCUGCGUCAGGAAGGUUGGAUUCACCAUUUGGCCAGACAUGCAGUUGCCUGCUUCCUGACACGAGGGGACCUAUGGAUUAGCUGGGAGGAAGGAAUGAAGGUCUUUGAAGAGCUGCUGCUUGACGCUGACUGGAGUAUCAAUGCAGGAAGCUGGAUGUGGCUGUCUUGCAGCUCCUUUUUCCAGCAGUUUUUCCACUGCUAUUGUCCUGUUGGCUUUGGUAGGAGAACAGAUCCCAAUGGAGACUAUAUCAGACGCUACCUUCCUGUCCUAAGAGGCUUCCCUGCAAAAUAUAUAUAUGAUCCCUGGAAUGCACCAGAAGGUAUCCAGAAGGUGGCAAAGUGUUUGAUUGGAAUCAAUUACCCUAAGCCGAUGGUGAACCACGCUGAGGCCAGCCGCCUGAAUAUUGAAAGGAUGAAGCAGAUCUAUCAGCAGCUAUCUCGAUAUAGAGGACUGGGUCUUCUUGCUUCAGUGCCCUCUAACCCAAAUGGCAAUGGUAGCCUCAUGGGCUACACACCUGGAGAAAACAUUCCUGGCUGUAGCAGUGGUGGAGGAGCUCCAGUGGGUGCCAGUGAUGGUCAGAUACUUCAGGCGUGUGUGCUCCCAGAGCCUCCUACAGGAACCAGUGGUGUUCAGCAACCAGGUUACUCUCAGGGGAGUGGUAUUUCACAUUAUUCUCAUGAAGACAAUCAGCAGGCUUACAUGUUAAAGCAAGGAAGAAGCUCCCUCGGGGUCGGUGGCGGGAAGCGUCCUAGGCAAGAAGAGGAGACUCAGAGCAUCAACCCAAAAGUUCAGCGACAGAGCACAAACUAGGAAGAAAUGCUGUGGCAGUUGUAAUUGGAGUUUAAAGUAAUACUCUUUCAAUAAAUUAUUUCAAAAUGUUCUUUAUGACGGAAACCAGUUACAUUUUUGAAACAUAUUAUUUCUAGUGGCAUUUCUAUGGUUUUUAACUUUUUAUUGAAUUUCACAAAGGGCAAAUGUGUAAUUUGUAUAUAAAGUACUUGGGACUGAAUUUGUUUAAUGUAAAUAGAAAUAUCCAUGAUUAGUGAUAGACUUCUCAAUAUAUUUUUGAUAAUCUUUCAUGUAUGGUAAAAGUAAAAGUCGUCACUGAUGUAAAAUUGGGAGUUUCCAGCAGGUACAGAGGAAACACGGAUGUGUUCAGACUUUCUGAAAAGAUUCUGUUAACAUUCUGAGGCACUGUUUUCUUGACCUCAUUGUAUGAUCCAACUUUGCAUACUUUGAUAAAAAAAAAAUUUAGAAAAUAUGUAUAAUCAUAGCUGUUGAGUGGAGCGCCCCAAACCUAGCCAUGUAUAUUUAAAAACUUUAUGUGCUCCAGUGUUUGUCCAAACUUGUGCAAAGCAUCAUUUGUACAUCACAUUUCCUUAUAUCUCUAUUUUUUUGUUUACCGCUCAAGUGGCCUUGUCAAUAAAGUAAAAACACAAA